AUAAUAGAGAAAUACUCUAGGCCUAUAUGAUUCAGUACUUCUGUGUUGUUGUGUCAUUUACUUCUCUACUUCUCUCUCUCUCUCUUAACAACCACCUUCAUCAUCUGAAAUACCACAAACAAAACUCAACAGCCAAUUAGAGGCAGAGAGAGAGAGAAUGCCACUCUCUUACUGUGUAGCUGAGAACAAACCCUGUGUUCGUUGGGUGGAGGAAUAUUUCAAGGAUUGCCUUUGCAAUCUCAACGACGACAUCUCCUUUGCUUUUGGGCUGGUCAGCUUAGUCUGUUGGGGAGUCGCUGAAAUCCCUCAAAUCAUCACCAACUUUCACACCAAGUCCAGCCAUGGAGUCUCUCUUGCUUUCCUCCUCACUUGGGUUGCCGGGGAUGUGUUUAAUCUAAUGGGUUGUCUUCUGGAACCAGCAACGUUGCCUACCCAGUUGUACACAGCUCUGCUCUACACAACAAGCACUAUUGUAUUAGUGUUGCAGAGCGUGUACUAUGACUACAUCUAUACAUGGUGUACAUGUGGAAAAGUCACAGCUACCCAAGAGGUUGAUGAAGAGAAUAAAAGACCAUUGAAUCCAAAGUUGGCUGAUUCAGGCAUUCCAAUACCAAGUGCUUCACCCAAACCCACUCCACGAAAAGAGUUCUACUAUUUGAGGAAGAGGACCACAAGAGGUGAAGAAAACUACACAUACUACAAGGAAGCAAACAAAGUUGUGGUUUCUUGAAUGCGCACCUACAUGAGGGCAGCUAGAAGUGGUCCUUCUACAAUGGCAGUAUAUAGCGACUCAUCUUCUGAGGACGAGUCAGCUCCAGUCACAUCCAAGACAUCUGUUACCCAGCCUAGGCCAAUCCCAAGAUCGGUAGCUGGUUAUGGAACAUUUCUAGCUACAUCGCUUAACUUGCCAUCACAAACAAAGGCUUUGACACAAGUAUACAUAGGAAUUACCGGGAGGAAACUCUUGCAGGAACACUCAAUGGAACAUAGUGCUUUCGGGCAAUGGUUGGGGUGGCUAAUGGCUGCUAUAUACAUGGGCGGUCGACUCCCUCAGAUUUGGUUAAAUAUUAAAAGAGGAACUGUGGAGGUAAUCAUUUUAUCCUUUGCUUGCUUUCAAAUCAUAAUAUUUUAGAGAGAUUCAUUAUUAUACCUAAUAUAAUUAAGAGCCCAAAUUAUUUAAA